AUGGCCCUUCUCGUCGCAGUGUUGACCGUAGAACAGCUCAAACCAUACUGCGUUAGCCUCAGCCAAUUGGCAUUGAGGGACGCUGGUGACAGCAAGUCUCUAAUACCAUCGAUAGAAAAUCUCCUUGGCGCAUUGGAGAAAGCAUGUGAGAAUGAAGCUUUCGAUGAGAAACUGGCAGAUUACGUUUUCUUCCCAAUAUCUCAAAUCCUACGUUCAAAACGAAAAUACACAGACAAAUUGUCGGAGCUCACAGUGAAAUGUCUUAGGCUGCUAUUGGAGCAGGGAUGGCGGAACUACAUCGCAAUAGAUCUUGCCAAACAACUUUUGAUCCUUUUGACGUUGAUAAUUGGAGGAGUGCCAGGGCAAGAUCCAGUACAAGCCCCAGAGGAACUUGUUGUGGAAGCGCUGGCUGCCGUUGCAGCUUUAUUUACUGACUUGGCCCGCACCCCUGAGGCUACUGUUACAAUCACAGAUGAAAGUACCAUGCCGGCUCUUGGUCACUGCAUUACAUCGAUACUUGAUGCAAUUACCGAAGGACCUUCGGCAGAGAUACAGAUAGAAGGUUUGAAUGCUUUGAGAGCUGCAUGGACUUGUAUCAAAGAUGUACAAGCUCAUGCCAAUUUCCUCCCAGGGACGGUUUCGGCACUUACAAAAUGCCUCGUACCUACCACAACAUCUCGAAGGUCACAGAAAACCAUUGUAAUGGCACUGAAAAGUCUGCAACUAGUUUUAACCACGGUAUUGAGCGAUUUCAGGACUCGAACUAUCAGGGCAAGCAAUUAUACCGAGGUGGGAGUAGGAACAGAUGGUCAAAAUAAGAUGCUCACAAAAUCAUGGCUUACUGCUACUACUUCUCAGAUCAAACUUUCCCUGGCGAACGUCGUGAAAUUACGCACACACAAGGCUAGUAGUGUCCGUAUUUCAUUGAAUAAAUUUUGCAUCGUCCUCCUAGAUGAAUGUCAUGAUACGUUGGCUGAUUCGACUUCCAUUCUUGUGGAAACUUGUUUAUCGUUACUGAAUACAGGAGAUACUUUUGACAUAGGCAGAACAUCUAUUGUAGAUCUGGCCACCAUACAUUCAAACAUUGGGGAGUCGAUCAAAAGAACAUUUUAUCACUGGGUGGACAGCUUACCACGAGUGAUGCAAAUGAAUGAUGAGACUGCCAAGGUAUCCGCGCUACAACAACUUUCCGCAUCAUAUGCAUUAUUGAGUACAUUGAACUUGGGCUCUUCAGUGCUUGACGAAGCACUUUCCAAAUCGCUACGGGACAGUCUUUCUAGUGUAAUCGAGACCUCUUCACUGCCUAGGAUGAUGCAAGAAGCUUCCCCAGACCCUAAUAGUAGGACUCUAAUAGCCCUAUCAGGAGAAAUGAUGCCAUCCAGGGAUUUUGCACCCAUAUUGAUGCCCGAGGAAAGCCAGAAAUCUACCAGAACCGCAAUGGCAACAUUUCUUAGGUCUUUGAGUGAAUUGCAAUCACGAACGGAUAUGGCCACUGAGAUGCUCGAGUAUGCUCGGCAAGCAUCUGGACCAAGCCUACUGGCUGCUUACUGGAUCUCGUCUCAACUGGUACAAUUAGCUGCUUCCAAGAAUGAGGAAUUGGAUGAAUUCUUAGAGUCCACACUUCUUGCUUCUGAUGACUAUCAAGCCACAAACCAGGAUCUUUAUUCCUACUCCCUAUCAGUUUUAUCUAACGAAGACAACAGUUUGGAUUGGCGAGUAAAAGGUGUCGCGCUGGAGGUUGUAUCUAAUUGGGCUAAGUGCCUCAAGGAAGGCUUUCGAGUAGAGCUCGUGGAUGUACUAUAUCCUGUAUCACAGCUUUUGGGCUCGCCCAGCGUUGAAUUGAGAGAGCGCGCCACUGUUUGUCUCAAUGUGCUCGCAAAGGCCUGCGGGUACCCGAGCACUAGGGAACUUAUUGUGGAGAAUGUUGAUUAUCUGGUGAACGCAAUUUCAUUGAGGCUGAAUACAUUUGACCUAUCGCCCCAAGCCCCGCAGGUGCUAAUAAUGAUGAUUCGACUGACGGGGCCGUCCUUACUUCUAUAUCUUGAUGAUGUGGUAUCUUCCAUAUUUGCCGCCUUAGACAACUUCCAUGGCUACCAGGGAUUGGUUGAGGGUCUAUUUGCUGUACUGGGAGAGAUUGUAGAGGCUGGCGCACAACCCCGCCAAUUGCAACUAGCUGAUGUACCGCGGGUUGGUGCUAGCGAAGCUAGGCCUCCCGUCAUCACACUUGAUAGUAUUGUUCAGGCAAUUGAAAAGCAGCAGCAAAGAUUCAAAGCCGAAGAAAAUAUCGGACAUGAUGACUUCCCACGAGAGCCAUGGAAAAGCGCUUCUGCACUAUUGGACGAGACCGGUGAGAGUGUCGAACACAGCGAGAAUGGAAAUAAUGAGGCAGCAGAGAUACAAAAGAUACCGGUAACAAAAACCUACUCCAUGCUCCAGAGCAUUAUCCGACUCUGCCAGCAUUACCUCACAAAUCCAUCCCCAACAUUACGUACACGAUUACUAGGUUUAAUCAGCACAUCCUCGACUGCAUUACAAAGCGACGAGGAAAGAUUUCUGCCACUUGUUAACGAUAUAUGGCCUGUAGUUAUAGACCGACUAUAUGAUAAGGAAACACAUGUUGCCAUCGCAGCCGCAGACUCUAUUGCCGCCAUCUGUAGAUGUGCUGGCAGUUUUCUUACCACGAGACUCGCUGUGCAAUGGCCCCGCCUAAUGAGCUUGGCCAGGCAGACCAAAGCUGAUAUGAUGGCGGAGAAGUCUGGGUCCGGUAGUCGUGGGAUAUACUCUCAGGCCGCGCAGAUGUGGGAGAGUAUGGUGAAGCUCUUGACGGCUUUAGUGGAAUGCACGGAUAUAAGUGAUGAAGCAUUCGAUGAUGUUCUAAAUAUUUUGGCAAGCAUCAUAGCAGAAAGAAGGGAUGUUCGCGAAGCAUUGUCCGCCGUGAAUGCCGAUGCUGUUUGGUUGGUAUUGCAGGCUGGUGUUCGUCAUGAAAUGAAAACACUCCCACUUGACCGCUACCAAUUCCAGUCUCCUGGCCCUUCCAUAGUAGUGUAA